GUUAGCGAGAAGCAGCCCGCGGUUGGGUCGGGGCCUGCCCGCCGGUCUGUGCCUGUGUUCUGCGCGGUGUCUGUGUUCUCGGCGGCCCUCCCGCCCGACCGACCGUCGCGCGAGCUUGUUGUUCCGUCUUCAAACGCCCCUGCUCCAUCACGCGCUGCCCAUGCAGGCCCCGCUACGUAUGCCAUGAUCCAUCGGCGUCCAUGUUCUGCCUCGGAUGCUUCGGCUGUGGGAGCGAGCAGCAACAACAGCAGCAGCAACAUCAUCAUCAACCGCAGCAGAACGGAGAGUCUCACGGUGCCACAGCAUGGGAACAGUGCACCAGCAGACAGCCGGCGGUUGGGCCCAUCCCACUCAACAGCUUUGCGACCAAGGAUGUGCCAGAGAAAAAGCUGCCAAUCGCUCCGGUGGUCCACACAACUCCACCUGGCUCCGGGCAGAUGCCACAGCUGCCAAAAGGAAAGCCUGAGGUCAAAAGCGAGUCCGAUUCCAAGGGAGGCUCCAAGCGCGACCCGAAGAACAAGGUCAAGUCGUCGGCCAGCAGCGGCAACAGCGUCAACAUUGGCAACCUCGGCAGCAGCAACGCUAGCGGCAUCGCCAAGCCCGAGGCCUCGUCUUCCAGCAAGCCCGUGGACGCGCCGGCGGGUGAGCCGGAGGUGAAGAAGCCGGAAGUGACAGCGACGACUUCCGCUGCGGAGCCGCCACCGGCAGAACCGGAAGUGCUUUUCUCCACCUGCAGCACGGGAGCGGUGCCCAAGCGCAUCGUCGUUCACGCCACCUCCUCCUUGUCGUCUUCGUCGUCGACCAAGCGAGGCACAGCUCACGGUGACUCGCAUACAGGUUCCAAGGGAAAGGCCCGUUGGGCGUCGUCGGGCCGCAUCCAGCGGCAGGCGUCGGUGUGCAUACCGUGGUACGAGGAGGACCAGUGGUACCAGGAGCCGCAGUGCAGCUACUGGCCCAGCCCGCCCCUGAGGCGGCUCAGCGUGCCGGCGCGCCUGACGCCCCCCGCGCCACCGUCGUCCUCGCCGCCCCGUCGGGACCUCUCGGGCGAGGGCUGGUCCGAGGUGCCCGCUUCGCUGAGGGAGUCGGCGAGCACCGAGAACCCGGGACUGCUGGAACAGAGCCUGGACCGGAUGGCUCGCAGGUUGCUGCUGAAAUCUCGCUCCCUGGAAGAGGAGCCCACGACGGGCGGCUCCGUAGUCUGCUACAACGACAUCGGCAGCAAGGAGGCCGUCGACUACGAGGAGUCGCUCUCGUCGCCGGGCGCUUUUACGCCCGAGAGCGACGACCCGAGCGAGGAGGACGCCGAGACGGUGAGGAUGCAGUACCGGCAGCUGUGGCAGCUCAGGGCCACCUUCGAGGAAGAGGAGACCACCACUGACUGCUUCGAAGAGCUGUCCACCGCCGAGGCCGCGUCGCACGUCGCCGAGGGCGAAGAAGAGGACCGGCGGCUCCUGCAGCAACACCGCAACACCGGGUUCAGCACGUCGCAGGAGUCCGAGGCCACCGACGAGCAGCAUGCCAGGUCGUCCGGCGGAAGGGCGCACGGGGUGCCCAGCGAGGUGCGGCGCCAGAACUACAAGGUCCUGCUGGCCCGCCGGCUGCAGCGCCGGGUCGACAAAGGUUCGGCGGACAACAGUUUCGACAGCAUGGAGACCGACUGUUCCUCGACGGACGCCAGUCGGACCGAGGGCGGCGUGACCACGUCCUCGUUCGACUCGACGACCGACAAUACGGACGGCGGCGGCGGCGGGACCAGCGGAGCGGACGCACAGGGGCACGCCUCCCGGCUCCAGCAGAUGAAGGCCGACAGUGGCUACAAGUCCAUGGAGAGCAGCAACGGCAACAAGCCGGCCAAGCUGAGCCGCAAGCACGUCCCGCUACAGGAGCUGCACGCCGCCUCCGCCGGGAGCAGCGGCGGCGCGCCCUCUUCCAGGAGGUCGGCGCUCCGCAAGCGACGCCAGCUGGAAGGCGGACUCCUGCAGAUGAGGGCCCGCUCCGAAGAGGCGCCCCCGUCGUGCUCGUCGUCCAACCUAAUCUCGGGCCCCACAGCAGCCGAGGCGGCCGAGGCCCUCCAGUCUUCGAGCCUCUCCUCCGAACCUCUGGGGUCUCUGCAGCAGGAGGCCCAGGGCAAGGUGUCCGUGUUCCAGAGGUUCUUCCGCUCCACGCGCCGAACGAGCAGCGCCCGCUCGGCCUCGUCGGGAAGCAACGGCGGCUCGGGCUCGAAGCGCCUGCUCAUGCGCGACUUCAGCAUCGACCCAAAGACUGACGCGCUGUUCCGCGAGUUCUCGAGGCGUGACCCGGCGUACGACUCGCCGCGAAGCUGCUCUUCCUCGGGCCAGGGUGCGAGCCCGAGGCUCGGUUCUUCCAGGCUGCUCUCGCCGCAGCUCAGCAUCGAGGAAGAGCAAGGCUCGGAGGACUCCCACUCCGCCAUGGAGGACGACUGGAAGCCUCAGGGACCCUGCUGCGACAUGCCCAUCGCUAGGUUACCGACGGACUAGAUGGACGCGAGGCGGUCGCUCAGUGGGUGUGAACUGCGCGCGGCAGGGAUCGGCGAUUCGGUGUGCUCUUGUUCCACUACGCAUGCCUUCCUAGCGAGAAUUCGUCGACGGGGAAGCCUGGCUCGACGUGUAGACACGCGCGCGCGUGUGUCUGUAAAGCGAUGAGCCAGUUUCCUCUCGAUGAAUUUUACUUCAUAGCAGUUUUCAUGAGAAGCCAUGGCUCACGAGGAAAGAAGAAUGAUGACAUCCCGUCGGUCUGCAUUCGUUGCGUGUAGGUGGCCGACUGCUGGGGUUCACGUAACAGUAGCUACUGUUGCUGAUGCGCACGCUUGAGGCCAUUGGAUGGAUUUUUUUUUUAACUCGGAGAAGGCGAGAGUUUGCAAACUGCCUUGACGGCGUGCCAGGAAUAUUCGAGAUAUUUGUAAUUAGCGGAAUUGUACGACGUUGCAGUCGUCGUUCAUCGCUAGGAUGCGCUCAGGGUGUCAUUAUGCGCGUUGCAUUUCGUGUGUGUUGCCAUGCAAGUUUUCACACUGGAGCCUCUGAGUGCAGUUCUCGGUUUUUAUCAGCCGUAUACGCGGUGAAAUUUCGCACUGAUCUGAUGGCUGUCGUAAGCACAGUGAAACAUGCUUUUCGGCGCAGAUUCAGAGAAUUCGCGCCGGCGUUCAGAGGUGCCACUUUCUUCGAUAUCAGUGGUACAAAUAUGUAUAUAGGAUAUUCCCUACGCCGUUAGAACUAUUUCUUUGAUCGCAGCCACAUUUCUGUUGAAUGUCUCGAUGUCCACCGCACACGCUAGCGCGACUUUUUACACCGCGGACUCCUAGCCUAAGCCUUUGUUAAUUUUCUUAAUGCACCUUGUUUGAGAUUGUGAUACAAAGGACGACCUAUGACGAGUAGAGAGAGAUCUAAAGGAAAUGCCUUUGUUGCGCCUCGUUAACUGAGGCAGUUGUUUUGUUCACUUGACCAGCCGUACAAGCUAUGGCGCGGUCUUCCGAGACAUCAGCACGAAGAUCAAGUAGCACGGGAGUUGUUUUUUCCUUUUUCUUUUACUUUUUUCUUUGCAUAAUACUCAAGACAGCCGCUGACCGACAUAGUCGUUUGUAUGUUAACGAACGGUCACAGCAAGUGAAGGCACUUUGCCAUCCUACUUUCAUUGUGUUGACCAGACUAGAGCAAUGCUUCUCGCUAGCUCCGCUCAAUGUCCCGGCUAUAGCGGGACACACUUUUUUGAAUAACACCGAGAAAAGACUCGCCACACCCCGACCGCGGUCGGUAGAGCAGAAGACCCGCGCGGGCCUUAGGUAAGUCGCGAAUCAAAUGUAAAUACUUUUUACUUUAUCUCAGCUAUAGUUGUUGUAGUAAGCGACCCUUCUUAUCGACCACGCUAACAUAUGGCGCACCAACCACAAGACGGGAAAUCCUCUCUGUUUUAGGGAGAGGCCUUUCUUAUCUGCUGGACCACCGCGACGAUGGCUGGCCACUGUAACCACGAGUCGUUUCGUUUCCUGUGUGCGAUAAGCAGCGGAAUGUUAAGGGGGCCCUGAAAUAGCCGUGACACGGGAAAUUAUCGCGCUUUGGUUUUCGCAGUGACUCACUGCUUUUGUUAAGUUAGGCUCUUCCGUGAAAAACGGGAGAGGCUCGCAUGGUGGCACGUCUCGCAGGCUACUCCUGCUGGAUGCGACGAUAAAUGAAGUAAUGUCCACAAGACUUGCGAAAAACACAUGAAACACGCGCGAGAUACACAAUUAGCGUAGUAUUUAACAGAGCUAGUUUGUUCAUAACUAAGACGAGUUUUGAACAGCUGAACUAAAAACAAAGGACUACGGAAGAGCGACAAGGGCAGCGACGUCUUGUCUUCCUUAAGUGCUUAUGUUUUUUUGUUCAGCUGUCCAAAACUCGUCUUAGAUGCAGAAGUAGAGUGUACUCUCUAUAUAUACUCUCCAAACGCACUAACAAAUUUUGGACCCUCGUGCUUUACGAUUCUUCCAAUAGUUUCACGCCCAUUAUUUCUCAGUGAUGAAGUUCCGGGAGUGCAGUGUUUCACAACUGUAGGACCAAUGCCCAAACAGUAUUUUCGUCAACAUGGGUCUUUAAAGUGCAUGAAGCUUUUAAUUGGUAAUACGCUCUGCGGUAAUUAGACGUAAAAGUUUGCAGGGAGGAAAGUAGGUGCUUUGUGUGGAGCUGACUUUCAAAGUGGAAGUAACAGUAUUUGAAUUCCGAGGAGACCGUGAUGUGUUUUUGGAAAUGUACAACUUUGAAUCCUGGUUAGUGCUAAGCUUUUUACACCCUUCUGGUUGCUAGGGGAGUAAGGAUCUGAUUCAUCAUCAUCAUCAGCCUGGUUACGCCCACUGCAGUGCAAAGGCCUCUCCCAUACUUCUCCAACAACCCCGGUCGUGUACUAAUUGUGGCCAUGUCGUCCCUGCAAACUUCUUAAUCUCAUCCGCCCACCUCACUUUCUGCCGCCCCUGCUACGCUUCCCCUCCCUUGGAAUCGAGUCCGUAACCCUUAAUGACCAUCGAUUAUCUUCCCUCCUCAUUACAUGUCCUGCCCAUGCCCAUUUAUUUUUCUUGAUUUCAACUAAGAUGUCAUUAACUCGCGUUUGUUCCCUCACCCACUCUGCGCUUUUCUUAUCCCUUAACGUUACACCCAUCAUUCUUCGUUCUAUAGCUCGUUCGUUGCUGAUUAACACCCUCCAAUGUUUUCAGCACUUGCUCGACGGGUUCCCGCGUUCGUGCCACCUAGAUUCUCGAAGAUACGGGAUUUCAGGGAAACAUAUUCAACAGAGAAAACGUCAGCUUUGACCGAAAUAUAAGAAAGCUAUUUCAGGGCCCCUGUUUAAAGCUCUGCAUAAUACACUCAGCUGUACCGCAGUACAACACGCUAGUCUCGGUUUUGCGGCUGACCGUAGAUGAGUUUAUGCUUACCACUGGAGUUCGUGUUCCCGAAGCAAUUUCUUCUCUUUUCUUUUACGUGAGAUUUUGCUGACAUGUAGAGUGUUUCUGACCCCCGCCAAAAAGCAAACGUUGUAAAGAGAGAAGAGGUUGUGUGGUUGAGAAGACCGUGCCUGUAGCGAGUUUUCAGUGUUUCGCUUUCGCUCGACGCACAGCCAACGCGGAGAAUGUUCUGGCCAAAAUUCAGUUUCACCGCACGUGACACGAGUGUGUCUUUCGCGACUGUGGCGUCCACGGGGAGCCGUGAGUUGUGCAGUUUUCAGAGCCUUAUACAUACAUAUAUAUAUAUAUGUUGGUUUGAUUUCACGAGAAAGAAAUGUUUGUACAGGUGGGUACGUUUUAUCUGGUUACAGGAGUGGACGUUUGUUCAUUUGUGAUAAAGAUGGCUCGGAGGACCCGUUUAUAUAUGAUGCCUGUUAUAUUGUAGUUAGCCCUUAAAUUGAACGUGUUUCUCGUUGAAAAUAUCUUUGUUCUCGUAGCUUUUGCUGCCUUAACAAACUUGCUCCGGCUCGUUUCGUUGUAAAGUUUCUUUCUCGGACUUGCGCUGUGUGCUUUCGAUGUGGUCACAAUUGAGCGGCCUCUCGCGGAACAUUCAUUUCCAAACAAAAGGCUCUUUUAACUCUCGUGUGCUACGCGAACUUACAAGAGUGCUCGCUUGUAGUCGGGAAAAUACAGGUAAGAUCUUCGAUGUCCUCAUGCCGCGACGGGUGAUAAUAGUGUGUUAUGUGAAAGAACCAAAGAAGAAAAAAAACUGAUUGUGCCACACA